UUUUUCAUUAAAUUUUAUACGAAUACUUCUAGGCAUCACAAUUUGUAAAUUAUAAUUUUUAUUUUUUUUAAAUAAAAGAAGAUAGAACGACGAGCUUAACAAUCUUAUUUAGAUAUGACUAUAAGACCCUUAUUAAGAAAUGUUUAAUUUGAGCCAUAAUUACUGCUAAUGUGAAAAGCUUGUCACCCUAAUUUCACCACAACAUACAAAGUUAAGCCUUGUAACCACCACUUCACCUUACAAAUGACAUAGGUUUAAUACUUAGCAUUACAUUACUUAAAUUUUGUACAUUUAAAACUGUAAACUAUAAUGCUUUAUUUUCAUUUUAUAAUAAAAAUAAUGCAAAACAUAGCAACCGGUCGCCAAAGGUUUGUGGGGUCCAUCAAUUGAGUGCCACGUAGUGCCAGACGCUAGAUGACAGAUCCCUUAGACAUAAUGUACCCUUAUUAAACCUAUAUAUAUAUACACACAAAAUUACAAAUACCGUAAAUUAAGAAAGGAUUUUAGGUAUUUGUACCCUUAUUACUUAAACUACAAGCAACCAAGCUUGUGUAUCAAGAAAGGAGAUAGGAAGAAGAAAAUCAAUGGGGACGGGGAAGAAGAAGAUCGAGAUCAAGAGAGUGGAGAAGGAGCAGCAAAGAAUGGUGACGUUCUCGAAGAGGCGGCAGGGGCUGUUCAAGAAGGCCGGCCAGCUCCACUCCCUCGCCGCCGCCAGCGUCGCCGUCCUCGCCUUCUCGCCGGCCGGCCGCCCCUACACCCACGGCGACCCGUCCUUCGGCGCCAUCGUGGACCGGUACUUGGCGAACACUACUACUGGGCGAGAGGAUUCUGCCGCCGCCAUGAACACGACAAAGAUGAGUUCGUGGCUGCAUGCUCUGCAGAUUGAUCGGUGUGAUGAUAUUCAAGAACUGGUUUUGAUGAAGAAACAGUUGGAAGAGAUCAAAGAAAAGGUGGCUGAGAAGAUUAUUAAUGCUCGUGACAGUUCUUUCUGAAACUAUAUAUGUUAUGUAUGGUUUUGCCUGCGUGUGAUCAGUUUUGUCUGCAUUGUCGAAGAAAGGCAAUUGGGAUUUAGGGCUGCUUAACUUUUUGAAGUUAAUUCCUUUGCAGUGGUUAAGUGAUAUAUAUAUAUAUAUAUAUAAGAUUGGUUAAUGUCAAUGGCUUGAUUUAGGGUUCUGUUUUGAUCAUCUUGAUGUACAUUCUUCUUCAUACAAAUACAAUCCUAAGCAGCGAGGGAGUUCGAUUUCCAGGCAGCCGGCGGCGGCCACCAGUGAUUCUAAUCGCCCCGGUGAUUCGCGCCUCUUGCAGAUCUGGGAUCGGUCCGAGAUUGUCGGGUCAGUUGCAGAUCUCGGAUCGGUCUGCUAUGGCGGUUUGUCCUAGUGUCCGGUUCCUUGAUGCGGUUCUUGAUGAGCUUGAACUACUGCGCGCUAUACAUUGGUUGGGCACUUCAUUGAGAAACGCCUUUCGUUUCGGUGGUGCAAUCUCUAGCCAAGAGAAUGUGGCAAAGAUUUGGUCUCAUGGAGGUAAUCUCAAAUAACUCUGGUUGCUUCUUAUUUUGGUUUGAUAGUGAAGACAACAUGAUAAAAGUUUUUGAUGGCGGUUCAUGGCACCUUGCGAGUUGUCCAUUACUCUUAAAAAUUUGGGAUUUGGGUAUGAACUUGUCCCAAGAGACACACGCAUCACUUCUUUUAUGAGUCAAGAUAUUUAAUAUUCCGUUGGAAUGAUGGGACGAGGAAGGGAUUGUGACGGUCGCUAGUGCUUUAGGGUGCCCCAUCCAUGCUGUUUUUACGACUGAGGAUAGGACUAGAUUGGGGUUUGCCAAGGUGUGUGUCGAGAUGGAUGUGUCCUCUACAUUCUCUAGGUUUAUUUACCUGUAUCAGGGCCUUGAUAAAUGCACCAGGGAGCUCAAACUGUUUUGAGGAUACCAGUUGAGUAUUAGUGGGUUCCCUCCAUAUGUUCCCAUUAUUGAGUUUUUGGCCGUCCUUUGGCCCGAUGCCCUCGCCAGCCCUUUGGCCCGAUGCCCUUGCCAGCCUAGACAGGAUGUCCAGUCAGAUCAGCCUUUCAAUGUCAAGGUUGCGGACAUGGGUGAGCUACGCAAGGAGAAUGUUAGGAAGUCCUCUUCCCUUGUGUCGUUGAUGGCGAUUGUUGAGCAUGCGUCUACGGCUCUUUCUGUUCAUCCGAGUGAUGUGGGGGCGUUGCUGGCAAAUCGGUUAUGCUCUCCUAAGGAACUGCUUUUUCUAGUGGAUGCGGAGUGUCUAGUUGAGGCAGAUAUGGCUGUAGAGAAUAGGGGCAAACGGGAUCGUGUUGAGGAGGGGGAUGCUUCAUCCGACAGAACUGAGAGAUUGGGUUCUGAAUAUGCUCCUGUGAAGUUCAAGUCCCAGUUGAAACGAAAAAGAAGAAUGCUCUUGCGAAGGCCAAGCAGGUGUCUAGUGCAGGAGGCCCUGUGAUUACGGAUCCAGUGUGAAGUUCUUGUUCCAGUUUUUCUUGUUUUGUCUGUGCUGUUAGUUUUCUCGCUUGCUGAGGAGGUGGUUUUCUGUGUUCUUGUACGGGGCAUGUCCAUACCCUAAGAUGCCAUUUUUUUUCUUUUUCAACCAGUUGAAUACGAAGAACAAAAAAGAAAAAAUCUAACUCAUCCAGUGACUAUUAUGUAUGAUCAUAACUGAAAGGAGCACCAAGUUUAUUUA